AUGAGUAACGAAUCUGGAAAUUCGAGUGGAACCUCUGCCGGUCGAGCAAGAGGUAGGGUCGUUGGUGUGCCAAAGAGAUGUUGGUGUGGGGAAUUGGUGGUGUCGUUGAUGUCCAAGUCUACAGCAAAUCCUUACAGGAGAUACUAUCGAUGUGCAUUUGCGGCUGAGAAAAGGCUGAGUAACGAUAAUCACACAUACAAAUGGGUUGAUGAGGCGUUGGUUGAUGAGGCAGAAGCAUUGAAAAUUCAAUUAGGCAGACUUGAGCAGACAAUUGUUCAUGAGCGUGCAGAAGAAGAGAGAAAGAAGUUUGCAGAGUUUGAAAUGAAGUUAGAAAUUAUGCUUCACUCGAGGUUCAUCAACCCAAGUCAUUACUUCUUUCUCAAUUUCAUAGUCAUUGCGCUCUCUUCUAUUUUCACCAUCAGAGUCAACAUCAGGAGCUUCAACAUCGGGACUCUCUGA